AUGCAUCUCCCGACAGCUGCCUCGCUCCUCCUCUCAGCACUGCCUCUCGCAGUUGCCACCCCUACUCCCGGCCACGGCCACAAGGAGAAGGGUCUCAACACCUACGCCAAAGAGGCCGGUCUGAAGUACUUUGGUGCUGCCACCGACUCGCCCGGUUUCCGUGAGCGGGCUGGCUAUGAGGCUCAGUAUCCCAAGUAUGACCAGAUCAUGUGGAAGUCGGACGAGUUCGGCCAGACCACGCCUACCAACGGACAAAAGUGGCUCUUCACCGAACCACAGCAGGGCGUCUUCAACUAUACCGAGGGCAACAUUGUUACCUCCCUCGCGAAGAAGCACGGCAAAUAUCUCCGCUGCCACGCCCUCGUCUGGCACUCUCAGCUCGCCCCCUGGGUUGAGGCCAAGACCGACUGGACUAAGGACGAGCUCCGCGCUGUUAUCGUCAACCACGUCACGCGCGUUGCGAAGGCCUGGAAGGGUCAGUGCUACGCUUGGGAUGUUGUGAACGAGGCGCUCGAGGAGGAUGGGAGCUACCGCAAGUCCGUCUUCUACAACGUCCUGGGCGAGGAGUACAUCAAGCUCGCUUUCGCGACCGCUGCCAAGGUCGACCCCAAGGCCAAGCUGUACUACAACGAUUACAACUUGGAGUGGCCCCAUGCCAAGACUGAGGGCACCCAGCGCAUUGUCAAGAUGCUCCAGAAGGCCAAGAUCAGAAUCGACGGUGUUGGCCUUCAGGCUCACUUGAUUGCCGAGCAGGCCCCUACUCUCGACCAGCACAUUGACGCCAUCAAGGGCUUCACCAAGCUCGGCGUUGAGGUUGCCCUUACCGAGUUGGACAUUCGCCUGCAGGUGCCCGCCAACGCCACCAACCUUGCUCAGCAGAAGGAGGCUUACAAGAACGCUGUUGGCGCUUGCGUCCAGGUCAAGGGCUGCAUCGGUGUCACCAUCUGGGAUUUCUAUGACCCCUUCAGCUGGGUGCCCUAUGUUUUCCCCGGCGAGGGUGCUCCCCUCCUCUGGUUUGAGGACUGGAGCAAGCACCCCGCCUACUACGGCGUGCAGGAGGCUCUCAAGAACGGCACCAAGAAGGGCAAGCCUGGCAAGUGGUGGUAA